CAUCGCCAACUCGAGAUUUGAGCGUUUUCAAUUCUAUUCCCUUCCUUCCAUAAACAACAAUGAACGCCGGGAUCCGCGUUUUUUGAUUUCCGCGAUUCCAAAACACAAAUAUAUUUUCAAUUCCCUUCUUCUCCAUCUUCUUCGCCUUUCAUCUUCCGAUUUCAGUGUCUUCUUGUUGAUUAAGGUAAUGAAGUGAAAUUGUUCAACAAGGAGUGUUAAGGGACUGUAGAAUGUCCUCAAGGGGUGGAGAGCAUCAGACGGUCCCGCUCUCUGUAUUGUUGAAGCGUGAAUUGGAAAAUGAAAAGUUUGAGAAACCUGAGAUUGUUCAUGGUCAGGCUAAUCAAAGUAAGAAAGGGGAGGAUUUUACGUUAGUGAAAACUGAGUGUCAACGGAAUUCAGGAGCUGAUGUUUCUACAUAUUCUGUUUUUGGGAUAUUUGAUGGCCAUAAUGGACCUGCAGCUGCUAUUUACACGAAAGAGAACCUUGUCAGCAAUGUUUUUUCCGCUCUUCCUUCUAAGCUAAGUAGAGAGGAAUGGGUUGCUGCACUUCCUAGGGCUUUGGUCGCAGGAUUUGUUAAAACAGACAAGGAUUUUCAAGAGAAAGCUCAAACCUCGGGAACAACCGUUACCCUUGUGAUUAUAGAAGGUUGGUAUAUUACUGUAGCCUCAGUCGGUGAUUCCCAGUGCAUUCUUGAAUCUGCUGAUGGUGUAAUAUAUCAUCUAUCUUCUGAUCAUAGGCUCGAAUGCAAUGUAGAGGAGGUUGAGCGUGUUACUGCAAGUGGGGGAGAGGUUGGCCGGCUCAAUGCAGGUGGUGGAACAGAGAUUGGACCUCUGAGAUGUUGGCCCGGGGGACUAUGCCUUUCUCGGUCUAUCGGAGAUGUUGAUGUUGGCGAGUUUAUUGUGCCGGUCCCUUAUGUGAAGCAAGUAAAGCUGUCCUCUGCUGGUGGCAGGCUUAUUCUAUCGAGUGAUGGAGUUUGGGAUGCUAUAUCACCUGAAUCAGCAUUCGAUUGUUGCCGUGGGAUGACACCAGAUGCUGCAGCUUCUCAAGUAGUUAAAGAAGCUGUAGGUGUGAAAGGAAUUCGUGAUGACACAACCUCCAUUGUAAUUGAUAUAUUACCACCUGAGAAGCCAAAUCCUCCGUUGCCAACAAAGAAGCGCGGAAAAGGAGUUCUUAAAUCUAUCUUCCGCAGAAAGUCAGCGGAAUCAUGUUCUCAACAUGAACAUGAGAAAGAAUACUGUGAGCCAGAUGUAAUUGAGUUGUUUGAGGAGGGAUCAGCUAUGCUUUCACAAAGGUUGGACACAAAGUACCCACUAUGCAAUAUGUUUAAGCUAUUCAUCUGUGCGGUUUGCCAAGUAGAGAUGGAACCUGGGGAUGGUAUAUCAAUACAUGCAGGUUCUUCCUCAGAGAUCUUACGAUCUUGGGAUGGUCCUUUCCUUUGCUCAAGCUGCCAAGAUAAAAAAGAAGCCAUGGAAGGGAAAAGACCCUCAGGAGAAAGGCAUUACAGUAGUGGGAGUGAAUAGGACGAGGAAUCUUUGUUUGGUCGACUGAUUUGAUUCUUUAACCGAGUGUUGAUGAUGGAAAUACGAGCUCAGAAUUGCGCAAUGUUUUGUUCGUCUGUCUACCUUAUACAGGCUUCCUGCUUUCUGGUAAAAUCCCUUCAUAAAAUGUUGAUGAACUCAGUUUUAAAGUGUUUUUUUUAUAUAGUUUGAAAUGGAUUUGGACAAAAGUCACAAGUGCUAACUAAAAUUGAUGAUAUUAGUCUACGUACUUUUCAAGCUUUUUCAUCCAUGUGUAAAUGUAAACAUUAGAUAUCUUGGAAAAAUAUUGGCUAAAUUCAAUUGAUUCAUCUUCAUC